AAAGAGGGUCGUCCUACCCUGUGCCUGGGGAAUGGAGGCCUCUAAGAAAGAGGCAUCAGCAGUGGUAGCCCCUCAUCCCGCCAAGCUGGAUGAAAAACUGUCUCCCGGAACUCGGGGGAAACAGUUAGGAGGCGUGGACUCCUAUGACUUGACUAUUCUUCAUUUCAACGAUGUUUACGAUGUGGACUCGCAUACUGAAGAGCCCGUAGGAGGCGCUGCUAGGUUUGCAACAGCUGUGAAAAGGUUCAGCACCCUGAAUCCACUCUUGAUUUUCAGUGGUGACUGCUUAAAUCCUUCAGUCUUAAGUACGAUAACAAAAGGAAAGCAUAUGAUUUCUAUAUUAAAUGAAUUGGGAGUACAUUUUGCAGUUUUUGGAAACCAUGAGUUCGAUUUUGGUGUUGAUCUUUUGGAAGAAUAUAAGAAACAAAUGCACUUUACAUGGUUUCUCAGUAACGUCUAUGACAGAUUUACUUCUGAACCUCUCGGACAUGGUGCGGUAAAAAAGAUAGUUAACUGGAACAAUCUGAAAAUUGGCUUAAUGGGACUAGUUGAAGAAGAUUGGCUCGAUACUCUGGCUACAGUGAAUAAGUCCAAUAUAAGCUAUAAAGACUAUGUCGAAGUUGCCAAUGAACUAGCAGUGGAGCUACGGGAAGAAGGGGCCGACCUUGUGAUUGCACUGACACACAUGAAGUGGGGCAACGACACGAGGCUUGCCCAGAGGGCAGAAGGGCUCGAUUUGAUUCUGGGAGGCCAUGACCAUGAAUAUGGGAUCAGGAAAGUGAAUGAGACUUGGAUUGUCAAAAGUGGAUCUGAUUUCAAAAAUCUGACAAAAAUAAAUAUACGGCUGUUUGAUGCCUCUUUCCAGUAUGUAUUUGAGAGAGUGGACAUCUUGAGCUAUUGGGAAGAGGAUUCAUAUAUCAAAGCAAUAGUAAGAGAUUUUACUCAGAACAUACAGUAUAUGCUAGCAGAAGUUCUCUGCCCGAUCGAUACGGAAUUAGAUGGCCGUGAAAGCACUGUAAGAAGGUCUGAGAGCAAUCUUGGAAACCUGGUGACGAAUGCAAUGUUAGAGGCCACUCAUGCUGAUGUGGCGCUGCUCAAUUCAGGUACUCUCAGGUCCAACAGAAUACACCCACCAGGGAACUUCACUCUGCAUGAUCUUUUGGCUCUACUCCCCAUAGUGGACCCAGUUUUAGUGGUCAGAGUAACGGGUGCACAGCUGCUCGAGGCACUUGAAAAUGGGGUUUACAAGUACCCCGCUCUGGAUGGGAGGUUUCCUCAAGUUGCCGGGAUAGAAUUCGGAUUUGAUCCAGAUGCAGAACCAGGACACCGAGUCAUAAGAGACACUGUGAAAGUGCAAGGACAGUACCUGCGGAAAAAGCAAGUCUAUCUUCUGGCCAUUAAGGAGUACAUUGCAAAUGGGAAAGAUGGUUACAGUAUGUUUAAAAAUUGCCCUCGAUUGUUUGACACUGAAACGGCACAGGUGCUAUCUACAGUCGUCAUGAAUCACUUCGAAUCAAUAAAAAUUGUGCAAGGAAAGAAGAAGUGUGUUUCAGGCCAUCGAAUGAGUUUGAUUACGACAACAAACAAGUCACCAUCAAAAACAGCCUUUGAGGAAGAAGCAAAUGAGCCAUUAAGAGUAAUUGCAGUGCCUGGCAUAGAAGGAAGAAUCUACCAUAUUUCUCCAGAGAUGAAGGAGCAUUUGCACCAACUUAGAACUGCGAGAAAGCAAGGCCUAAGAACGUUCCCCAACAUUAGUGAAAAUGCAUAUGAGAAUUCUGAUUCUGACUAAAUGUUAUAUAAUUCGUAUGUUUUGUUAGUGCCCAAGUGAAUAUGACCAAUUUUAGCAGUGUUACCCAUAGUAAUAGAAUCUUGAUUGUUUGUGUCAUCCCAGAAUUCUAGGGAUUUGCUCUAAAUGUUCUUUUCAUUUAAUUUUUAUCAAGUCUUGUAACUUUUGACUUUUCAUUGUGUUGUGCUAAAAACUGAAAACACUAAAAAACAUUUCUAAUUUAAGUAUAAACAGUCUAGUGUUUAUUAUUAAAUGAAGUCAUGCUCUUCACAAUAUUUAUUUGUAUAGUAACCUUUUUCACUUAAUAUUGACUAUUUUUCUGUCUAAUUGA